AUGAGUCGUAAAUUAUCAUCAAAAGUUGAUUGGAGUACCAUGGUAGAAGAGGAAGAGACUGAACAGCAAGUUGGACCAGUGGUUGACCAGCAGCCCAGUGAUAAAAAACCUAAACAGGAGGAGCCACCUACUGAGAGUCAGGAUGUUAAACCUCAGGAAGCACAAGCAGAAGCAGGAGCAUCUGAGGUUCAAGGCCCUGACCCGGAAGCUGUUCUCCAGGAACAGGAUCAGCCAAAGACUGGAGGUGAGAGCAGUGGUGUUAAGUACAAGAUUUUAGGCAAACUGGAACCCAGUAACAUUCCAGAAAGAGGGGAAGGAAACCCACCCAUCUAA